AUGUACUUCUUCUGCGAUUCGAGUUUUGAAAAGCGCAAGACUGCUACAGGAGUCAUUAGGGGGCUUCUCUAUCAGCUCGUCAAGCAGUAUCCGGCGCUACUUAAAUAUGUACUGCCACAAUACCACGAACGCGGGGCAGACUUGUUCACGUCAUUUGACGCUCUCUGGACAAUAUUCAUGAACGCCGUCGCAGAUACAGCCACAGGUCAAAAAUAUUGCAUUAUCGAUGCCUUGGAUGAGUGUGACCAAGAGUCUCAGAAUACGCUGCUGAGGCAGUUUCAGGAGUCGUUCGACCCUAAGAGCUCUUCAGGCCAUACAUUGAGCAUCCGCAUGUUGAUAACCAGUCGACCAUAUCCAGAGAUUCGCGAGUACCUCGGGGGGUUUGCCAAGAAAGACUUGGCUUCUUUUCCAGAGGCAGUACUGGAUAUCAGAAAAUUUAUCGAAAGCAAAAUGGCAGACCUCCAGCAAAGGAAAAGCUACACAGACAAGGUAAAGGAGAAGGCCGCACAGUUACUGGAGACAAAGGCAGAAGGGACCUUUCUUUGGGUCGGCAUGGCCUGCAAGGAACUUGAUCCAGUCGCUUCAAAAGAUGCCGUCAAAAUUCUGGAAGACUUGCCACGAGGACUUCUACAACUGUACGGGGAUCUUCUUAAUAAAGCCUUCAAGUUGGAAGGUAAGAGGCAGACAAUCGAACGCAUUUUGAACGUCGUCGCAGUUUCUUUACGACCGUUGACGAUACUAGAGCUUGCGGAAGCUUGCCAACUACAUCAAGGGCAGGAAGAAAAAGAACGGGUCCAAUUUACGAUCGAGGAAGUGGAAUCUUGCCGCAUGCUAGUGGUUGUUCAAGAUACGACGGUCGUUCUACUCCACCAGUCAGUCAAGGAUUUCCUAUUCGAGUAUGACAUCAAACAGUUAGAGGCCCAUGCAAACCUCGCAUAUCGAUGCAUUGAGUACCUCAGCACGCAGUUUCAUUUGGAGGAGGAUGAUCUUGCAUCCGACAGGUUCCUAUCAUAUUCGACAGAUUUCUGGCCUGAACAUGCAAAGAGGGCAGAUUACGUGUUCCAUGUCAAGGACGCGCAGGCUGAAUUCUUUAGUCUUGACUCGAAAUAUCUGGAAGCUUGG